CCGCCUUCUGCAAAAAAGGUCGCGGGGGUUGCGGGGGGUGUCCGGUUCCACAGGUGGUUGCUGUCUGGCUGAAAGGACGAGAGCGCGAUCCUGCUGUAAAGCGGGCAACCUCUAGCGCUAUGGCCGUCGCGUUACCGGCAGUCGUAGAGGAGCUCUUGAGCGAGGUGGCCGCUGCCGUGCGGGAGUGCGCGCGAAGUACGGGUCUUAGUCGCGCGUGGCUGCGUUGUGGGCCGCGUGCUGGACGAGGCGUGGAGGCGGGAAGGGCGGGUGGAGCAUCUAAACCUGGGGCGCUGAGCUCUGCGCCCCGCCCGGAUCACUGUGCCUUGGGCUCAGCCUUGUUUCCUGAUGAACAUCUAUUAUCGCUGAAGUUUGUCUUUGGCUCAUCAGCCAUCCAGGCCUUGGAUCUAGUUGAUCGACAGUCUGUUACUUUAAUUUCAUCACCCAGUGGAAGGCGAGUUUACCAGGUACUUGGAAGUUCUGGUAAAACAUACACUUGUUUGGCUUCUUGUCAUUUCUGCUCAUGUCCUGCAUUUGCCUUCUCAGUGCUACGGAAGAGUGACAGCCUACUGUGCAAGCACCUCUUGGCAGUAUAUCUUAGUCAGGUUAUGAGGACCUGUCAGCAGCUAAGUGUUUCUGACAAGCAGCUGACUGACAUAUUGAUGGAGAAGAAAUAAGCAUCGAAGGUACAGAUGUUACUUCAUUAUCUUUCAAAAUAGAAAUCUCAUCAAGAAAUACACAUAACAGGGCAUGGUUCACAAGGAAGAAAGACGAAAUGGAUCUUGCAGAUACUUCUUGCUACUAUUUUUCCUUCUGGAGUGCUGGUGGGACCUUAGGUGGCAUCUGUGGAAUGUGGAGGCUAUGCCUUUGGAAGCCUUGUGUAGCCUUCUCAUGAAAAACCUGAACCAGCCUCUAAGCCUUCUGGAUGAAAAAUGCCUCUGAGUAGAAUAGAGCAUGGUAGAGUCAAAUAAAACCUAAUCCACAUUGUUUACACAAUUAAGAUUCUUAUGUGACUGAAUUACUACUAAUUUUUAAAAGAUUAGGACAGCUGAAUGAAAUGAACAAGCAUAAUUUUAGACGACUAGAUAUUGGGUCUUUUCUUUGGGUCCAUAAAAUUUUUCAGCAGCAAUAUUAGGGCAGAGAUAUAACUGAACAUCCCAAGGAUUAAGACUCAGGGGUUCUGGUGCAGUAAGCUUUAGAUGCUGUGGUGGUAGUGCCAAAUUAGCCUAAGUAGGUUGUUGAUAGGAAGUAUCUAGACCCAGGGCAAAACUAAGUGUGCUCUGUGCCCAUUUCUCAGCUUCUUAACAGUAAAACUACAGGAAAAAACUAAAAAUCAUGUCCUAGAACAAAGCUACAGAUGUUAUGGAUUUUUAGUCUAAAGAAUAGGCUCUGUGUGUGCGUGUGUGUGUGUGUGUGUAGAAAUAAAAGAAUUGCAUACCAGAUUUAAAAAAAAAGACUAGACAAAGUAGAUUUUUAAGGGGAGAGAGAAGAGACUCAGGCCCUAAGAUAGAGCUAAGGAGCAACAAUAAGAUAAAGAUGAAAAUGAGAAAUUUUCAGCCUGGGGCAAGACUUUCUUAAUAGGUAAAGCUGUGCAUGGCCAGAAGAGAAUCUUAGGGGACAGGAAUUCCCGGCUCUUGAGGGGUUAAUGAACCUGCGAUGUCCUUGCAGGAACUGAAGCAGUGGGCAGAUUAAAUACCUGUUAUCUGAUUCCCCCAUCCUUGUGCACAAACACGAGAUGUUAAUGAACAAAUGCUGUGUGAAGAGCUCAAGGCUGCGCUUGUCACAGUGUUUUGUGGUUGGCAGAGCCUUGUAUUAUGUUGAGGUGUAGAAACAAAAAUUUAUCAAGACUUUUCUGCCACUUGAGGAACUUAGAAUAAGUAUAAACUUAUUUUUUUCAGCAACCUUUAGGGUAAUGUGUAUUGUCUAGACAGUAGAUGCAGGAGUGUAUAACAUGCCAGCACAGAACCCUAAUCUUGUUUUGUUUUGUUUUGUUUUAAUUUUUUUUUAAAUUUAUUUCACGGAAUAUACAGAGUUUUAUAAUUUUGCUUAGUAAAAUUUUCACACUUUGGGUUCCAACAAUUUCACCAAAGUUUAACUUGGGAGAGAAACACAAUUCAAUACAUAGCUCUAGAAAGGAGAAUCUGGUAAGGAGAGAUCGCAUUAUUCCACUUUCUUCCUCUGUAGUAGUGUUUUGUAUAAUGGAAAAGAACAGAGCCUACAAUUGUUACUUGAUGAUAAUUCUACUUAAGAACUUAAGAGAAUACCAUUCCCUAAAUAUGGCAAUUUCUUGUUGGAAGUCUAAUACU